UGUACAAGCUGCUCUCUUAAUGCAUGUAGUGCUGACAUGGAGACGACUUGUGAAGCCUCUCAAAGCUGCUUCAGAUACAAGCAAGAAUUAAGGACAAAAGGGGAACUCCUACAAUAUGUUGAAGAGAAAGGUUGUUCUUCAAGCAAUUGUGUCCCAAUGAUGUUCUCAGCAACACUGGGGGAUAAUCAAACAUUUGUGUACAAUCACCAAUGCUGCCAAGAUGAGCUCUGUAACCAAGGGAACUUCCAAGUGCCUCAGAAGUCCUCAAAACCCAAUGGAAUUAAAUGUCCUGCCUGCUACAAUGUGCAUGACAUUUCCUGUGACCCAGUUCUUCUUACCUGCACUGGUACAGAGACAAAGUGUGUGGAAGUUAUUGGCAUAGAUAACCCUAUAUUUUUGAUUUUUGCCAUGGGUUGUGCUACUGAAACUGCCUGCAACUUGAAGAAUAUAAGUAUAUUGAAUAACAUAAAAAUCCGUACCUACUGUGUAGAACAAAGUGCUGGAGACCCCCGCUGAUGUUCAUCACCUCAUCAAUCUUGAAUAAUCCCUUCUUGUUCCAAGUCUUGCUUUGAAGUUUCCAGUGUUACCAAGCUCAUAAUCCUACAAACCUGAAAAGGUUGGAGUCAGAUGACUCCCCUCCCCAGCAUUCCCAAGACAAUGCAGAA